AUGUAUCAAGACCGUACUCCCAGGGCCGGCGUGCCCCGAACGUCCUACGCUUCCGGCUCAGGAUCAAGUCGAGCCUUGCACAAUCCGAUAACCCCCGCCGGUGGCUCUAGUUCCACUCCUGUCCCGAGCCGAACGACCUCGACGACACCAGGUUUAUUGCAGUACGGAGCCACAGCUCUACGACCUAGACCCAAAGAUCCGGCAACGAGACCAAGGAAUACCGUGGAUCAGCACACCGACCCUGUCCGCCGAGAAUCCUCGGUCUCUUCGACUCACUUUCCAUCUGCACCCUCUCUCCCACCGCCUGUAUACGAUCGCACCCAUGCCGACGACGCAUCAUCAUCACCCGAAGAGGAUCAUCACCGUUCCCGGGCACAGUCAGCAACCACCCAUCGCAUCAAUACCCCCGCUGAAGCCGACUCACCCUUUCAAGCCCAAGCACGAGACGGACGCCAGCCCGAGCCUGGAACCCAGGUCCAGAACCGAGGUCAAGCUCAAAGACUGCUCUCAUCCCAGAUAACCCAGCUGGCUAUCCGAUCCAACGAACAUCACGCUCAGCUGAAGGAUUUCGACGCAUUCAAACAAGGGUUCUUGGACUGCGUCAAAGCGAUCGAUGGGCUUCUACUCACCACAGAGGGCCAAGGCCGGGAGGUCCAGCAGUUGAAGGAUAGGGUUCGAACGUUGGAAGAAGAGGUUGCAGACCUGAAAGCCGGACGGCCCGAGCCGGACGUAGACGAGGUUGCGCAAAAGUCGAUAGGCCGGAUGGUCAGAGCCGCUGUCGAAUUCUGUUACGGAGACGGCACGCCCCCGCCGCAGCCUUACCCCGGCGAGGAUGGAGACUGGCCGACGCGUGUUACAUCUGACGGUCAGCUCGGAGAGACAGUGGUGCGCUGGAACCUCGAGGAGAACUACACGCACCAGGUCAAUGUGCGCGAAAGCAGCCGCAUUCUCCAGUUGCUGAGGACCAAUCGUGCUGCCAUCCCGUUGACCGGCGAUCUCCCUCUCGACUCGGUGCCGCUUUACGAAACCCACGCAGACGUAUAUCGCCAAGCACUCGCCCGCUGUUUCAAACAGGCUGUCGAGGGAUAUCGUAAACAGCAGGUCAAGGAGUGGACCAACGGUGAAAGGGACCGUGUCGCCCGCGAGGUAGCGGAGCUGGCUAAGCUAGGCGUCGCGGGAGCAGGCAGGUUAGCGGAGCGGAAGGACCACAUGGCAUUCAUGGACUCACUGGCGGCAAAGACGGAGACAGCGAGGAAUGGUGAUAAGGCGUUGAUCCGGGCCAGACUGACGACUAUGACGAAGUGGAUCUCGACCCGCCGCAAGCUUGUUGCGAAGUACUCGGGCGACGAGUACAACUGCCUCGAUCAACCCUAUUGCGGCAUAGCAUUGGUACCGGUGAAAGAUGGGGAGAAGACGGAUAUGUAUUGGCCUGACAUGGAAUCGGUGUAUUCACAAGCAUACAUCGAUGCCUAUACUGCAUGCUACGAGCAUAAGAUUGGGACCACCAAAUCGACGGGGACCAGCGUCAAAAAGCCUGAUACCGAGCAUCCCGCCAUCCGAGCGGAACCUUACUGGCCCUCCUGUAUCAAAGAUUUAGCGUUUGGGCCCCAAAGGUGGAUGUUCCGGCAAGAAUGGUUGGACGAGAUGAUGGAGGAUCCCACUACAGCCGAUCGAAUUGAGGCCUGGCUCGUACCUGCCGACCAACCGACGUCUGUCGAAGAAAUUCAGCGAUCGAAAUGGUUUGUCGAUAAGAAUGCCAUCGGCUUACGAGGGAACAAGAGUGCGGCUGCGGGUGCAGGCCGUUCUAGAUCUAUCAGUACUGUGCCUUCCAGCGUAUUCAGCCCUCCUGUCUCCACCCCAAUCGGAUACACGGAACCUCACGAACGUGCUGGUCCUUCGCGAUCUCGUCAACCCGAGACAGCUCCCAAACGUAGGAGGACUCGAACGAAGACACCGACGGACGAUGAGUCGGGGGAGUUGCCGGCCGGUGGAUCCCGACCUGAACCUGGAGAUCGAAGAGGCCGAUACGUUAUUGCAGACGGACGACCCCCAAGCAGGACGAGUGAUUCCAUCAUCCGUUCAGCCACAGGACCCAUCCCUCCGUCGCCUUUGAAGAAAGUUCGUACUGCCCACUACAAUUUGAACGAAGGUCUCGGUUUGAGGCAGGAAGAAGACGAGGAAGGGCUCACCGACUCUCAGGUUCAUCGAACUCCAAGGGGCCGGGAUGCUCCGCCACAACACAACACCCACGCAGGCAAUCACGGUAUGAUGUUGGAUCACGGGGUGCCUGCAGCAACCGCGGACAUCCUUGCCGGCUUCACCACCGCGACGGAAUUGGGUGCGGCGGGAUCAGGAGACUUGGAUUUCGACGACCCCGACUUCUCGAAGUAUCUCAGCCUCGACUUGUCCAUGUUCGGGUUUCCAGGUCCCACGGCAUUAGACCCUCCGGGAGGGAUCGACAGUGCAUGA